CCGCUUACUCUCGUCCAAAUCCCUCCGCACCAUGUCCACCACCGCCACCUCCAGCGCGCAGCUCCCCACCGACUCCUCCCUCCCCGGCGAGCACUUCGAGGUCCGCCAGACCUCCACCUCGGACGACUACCACCCGGAUCCCUCCAAGUCGCUCCCGCUCCCGCCCGCACGCCAGCGCCUGCUCGACGACAUCCUCGCACUCUACUCCUGCCAGCCCACGCGCGAGCGCGUCAUGCGCUAUACCCCCGACUGCGUGUACGAUGACCAGUUCGUGUAUGCGGAUGAUCGGUUCAAGAUGGCCGGCCAGUGGUUUGCGCUGCCGAAGCUGUUUAGGGAGAGCAGGAACGAAGGGUACCAGAUUGUCACGAACGACCCGCUGCUUAUCCAGUUCAAGAACGAGCAGACGUGGGUCUUCCCUGGGGGAAUCAAAUCUGCCACUAUCAACGCCCUCGUCUCGCUCUCCCUCGACCCCGCUACCGCAGACUCGGACUUUCCUCAGGUCAAAUAUCACAAGGACCAGGCCAAUGACAAAGAUUACUCACACACCGGCCCCGGCUUCGCAUUCAAGAAGUGGCAGGCUGACCGUGUCGCUGGCAUGAUGGACAGUGAGGACGUCCAGGCGUUCAAAGGCGAUGCGAAGGAAGAGUACCACGAGCCCGUGAGGACGUACAAGAGCGGGACGGAUGCAGCGCCGAAGAAGGAUUGGUGA